AUGAAUGAUGAAACUUUAUAACCAAUCUAAAUUAAAAAUUGGGUUUAAGGUUUCCAAACUUAACUAAGAUUUUCCACAAAACGAACUAUCAGUAGAAUGAAAUCUAUUGAAAGCAAUUUAUAUUCAUAAGAUCCAUCAUCAGAAUUUUCCAUUAAACUCAAAACUAAUACAAAACCUAAUAAAAUAUAAGAAAGAGGUGUUCAUAGUUAAUAUGGGAGCAGAAAAAUAUCAUUUAAGCAAAAAUAGCCCACUCAAACUAUCUUUUAAACUUAAUUAUGCAAAGUACCUUUAUACAUGCAGUUAAUUCCAUUUUUUAAAGUUUCUGCUUAAAGUUGGGCUAUAUUCAAUGGUUGUACAGGAGAAUAUAUAACUGGAUAUAAUUAAAAUAAAUGUAGACAGAUAGCUUCCAUCACAAAAAUUGUUACUUGUAUUGUAAGUUUAAGGUUAGCAAAAGAAUUAAAUUUGAACAUAGAUAGAAAACGCUUUUUUGUUCCAGAUCAAGUUAAUUAAUUAAAUUAAAUAGGCAUAAAAAAUUCUUGGAACAACAGCAGGAUUAUUGAAAGGAGACUCUAUCUUUUUAAGAGACAUCCUUUAUGGAUUGAUGCUUCCAUCAGGUAAUGAUGCUGCGAUAACACUAUCAUAUAAUUUCUAAUUAUACUCUUUAGAAAAUGAUCACUUUUUAAAAGAGAUGAAUCGAUUUGUACAAUCAUUAGGAUUGUCUAAUACAUAAUUUAGUAAUGUUCAUGGUAUGAUAAUGUAAUAUUUUAAAAGGAUUAUGUAAUGAAAAUAAUUACUCUACUGCAUAUGAUGUAGGUAAAUUCACAUUUGAGAGUUUAUAAAAUGAACAAUUUUAAAAAAUAGUAAAAACUUAAUCUUAUUAUUGUGAAAUUUAAAAUUAGUUGUAGAAUACCUCUCGAGAAUUAUAUUGGGAGAAUACUAAUAAAUUAUUAUAAUAAGGUUUUAAAGGAGUCAAAACAGGAAUAACAAAAGAAGCAGGUCCCUCUGUAGUUGAAUUUUUUUAAGAUUAAAGCAAUUCUUAUAUAAUUGUACUCUUGAAUUGCAGUACAAGUGAAAAUAGAUGGUCAGAUGCCUUAAGAUUAUUACAAUGGAUUCAAAAAUAAGAUACUUUAAUUAAAUAAUUUAUAUGA